AAAAGGGGGUACUUAUGUAUGGCGGAACGGGCCAAUCUGGUCUUUCAUAAUAAAGAGAUAGACGGAACUGGUAUGAAACGACUUAUUAGCAGAUUAAUAGAUCAUUUUGGAAUGGGAUAUACAUCCCAUAUACUGGAUCAACUAAAGACUCUGGGCUUCUAUCAAGCCACUACUACAUCGAUUUCGUUAGGAAUCGAGGAUCUUUUAACAAUACCCUCUAAGGGAUGGUUAGUCCAAGACGCGGAACAACAGAGUUUUCUUUUGGAGAAACACUAUUAUUAUGGGGCUGUACACGCGGUAGAAAAAUUACGCCAAUCUGUUGAGAUAUGGUAUGCGACAAGUGAAUAUUUGAAACAAGAAAUGAAUUCAAAUUUUCGGAUAACGGAUCCUUCUAAUCCAGUCUAUCUAAUGUCUUUUUCAGGAGCCAGAGGAAAUGCAUCUCAAGUACACCAAUUAGUAGGUAUGAGAGGAUUAAUGUCGGACCCUCAAGGACAAAUGAUUGAUUUACCUAUUCAAAGCAAUUUACGCGAGGGACUUUCUUUGACAGAAUAUAUAAUUUCCUGCUAUGGAGCCCGCAAAGGGGUUGUAGAUACUGCUGUACGAACAGCAGAUGCUGGAUAUCUUACACGUAGACUUGUUGAAGUAGUUCAACAUAUUAUUGUGCGUAGAAGAGAUUGUGGUACUAUCCGAGGUAUUUCUGUAAGUCCUCAAAAUGGGAUGACGGAAAAACUUUUUGUCCAAACACUAAUUGGUCGUGUAUUAGCAGACGAUAUAUAUAUCGGUUCACGAUGCAUUGCCGCGCGAAAUCAAGAUAUUGGAAUUGGAUUAGUCAAUCGAUUCAUAACUGCCUUUCGAGCACAACCAUUUCGAGCACAACCAAUAUAUAUUAGAACCCCCUUUACUUGCCGAAGCACUUCUUGGAUCUGUCAAUUAUGCUAUGGCCGGAGUCCUACUCAUAGUGAUCUGGUGGAAUUGGGAGAAGCCGUAGGUAUUAUUGCGGGUCAAUCAAUUGGGGAGCCAGGGACUCAACUAACAUUAAGAACUUUUCAUACUGGCGGAGUAUUCACAGGGGGUACUGCCGACCUUGUACGAUCCCCUUCGAAUGGAAAAAUCCAAUUCAAUGAGAAUUUGGUUCACCCCACACGUACCCGUCAUGGACAGCCUGCUUUUCUAUGUUAUAUAGACUUGCAUGUAACUAUUCAGAGUCAAGAUAUUCUAUAUAGUGUGAAUAUUCCCUCAAAAAGCUUGAUUCUAGUGCAAAAUGAUCAAUAUGUAAAAUCUGAACAAGUAAUUGCGGAGAUUCGUGCCGGAACGUCCACUUUACAUUUUAAAGAAAGGGUACAAAAGCAUAUUUAUUCUGAAUCAGACGGCGAAAUGCACUGGAGUACUGAUGUUUACCAUGCGCCCGAAUAUCAAUAUGGUAAUCUUCGUCGAUUACCAAAAACAAGCCAUUUAUGGAUAUUAUCCGUAAGUAUGUGCAGAUCCAGUAUAGCGUCUUUUUCACUCCACAAGGAUCAAGAUCAAAUGAAUACUUAUGGUAAAAAAGAUAGGGAAAUUCUUGAUUAUUCAACGUCGGAUCGAAUCAUGUCCAAUGGCCAUUGGAAUUUGAUCUAUCCUUCUAUUUUUCAAGAUAAUUCAGAUUUGUUGGCGAAAAAGCGAAGAAAUAGGUUCGUCAUUCCAUUACAAUAUCAUCAAGAACAAGAGAAAGAACUAAUAUCCUGUUUUGGGAUUUCGAUUGAAAUCCCCUUUAUGGGUGUUUUACGUAGAAAUACUAUUUUUGCUUAUUUUGACGAUCCCCGAUACAGAAAAGAUAAAAAGGGUUCAGGAAUUGUUAAAUUUAGAUAUAGGACCCUAGAAGAAGAAUAUAGGACUCGAGCGGAAGACUCAGAAGAGGAAUAUGAGACCCUAGAACACGAAUACAGGACCCGAGAGGACGAAUAUGAAACCCUAGAAGAAUCUAAAUAUGGAAUCCUAGAAGACGAAUACGAAUAUGAAACCCUAGAAAACGAAUAUGGGAGCCCAGAAAACAAAUAUGGGAACCCAGAGAACGAAUAUAGGACUUUAGAGAAAGACUCAGAAGAGGAAUAUGGGAACCCAGAGAGCAAAUAUAGGACCCAAGAGGACGAAUAUGGAACUUUAGAAGAAGACUCAGAAGACGAAUAUGGCAGCCCCGGGGAAAGCGGCGAGGAAAAAUAUGGUACUUUAGAGGAAGACUCAGAAGAAGACUCAGAGGACGAAUACGAGAGCCCAGAGGAAGAUUCCAUCUUAAAAAAAGAGGGUUUGAUUGAGCAUCGAGGAACAAAAGAAUUUAGUCUAAAAUACCAAAAAGAAGUAGAUCGGUUUUUUUUCAUUCUUCAAGAACUUCAUAUCUUGCCGAGAUCUUCAUCCCUAAAGAUACUUGACAAUAGUAUUAUUGGAGUGGAUACACAACUCACAAAAAAUACAAGAAGUGGACUAGGCGGACUGGUCCGAGUGAAGAGAAAAAAAAGCCAUACGGAACUCAAAAUAUUUUCCGGAGAUAUUCAUUUUCCUGAAGAGGCAGAUAAGAUAUUAGGUGGGUGUUUGAUACCGCCAGAAAGACAAAAAAAAGAUUCUAAGGAAUCAAAAAAAAAGAAAAAUUGGGUCUAUGUUCAACGGAAAAAAAUUCUCAAGAGCAAGGAAAAGUAUUUUGUUUCCGUUCGCCCUACAGUGGCAUAUGAAAUGGACGAAGGAAGAAAUUUAGCAACACUUUUCCCGCAGGAUCUCUUGCAAGAAGAAAAUAAUCUCCAAAUUCGACUUGUCAAUUUUAUUUAUCAUGAAAAUAGCAAGUUAACUCAAAGAAUUUAUCACACAAAUAGUCAAUUUGUUAGAACUUGCUUAGUAGUGAAUUGGGAACAAGAAGAAAAAGAAAAGGCUGGUGCUUCCCUUGUUGAGGUAAGAGCAAAUGAUCUUAUUCGCGAUUUCCUAAGAAUUGAGUUAGUCAAGUCCACUAUUUCGUAUACACGAAAAAGGUAUGAUAGGACAAGUGGAGGACCGACUCCCCAUAAUAGGUUAGAUCGCGCCAAUAGCAAUUCUUUUUAUUCCAAGGCGAAGAUUGAAUCACUUAGCCAACAUCAAGAAGCUAUUGGCACUUUGUUGAAUCGAAAUAAAGAAUACCAAUCUUUGAUGAUUUUGUCGGCAUCCAACUGUUCUCGAAUUGGUUUAUUCAAGAAUUCAAAACAUCCCAAUGCGAUAAAAGAAUGGAAUCCUAGAAUUCCUAUUCUAGAAAUUUUUGGGCCCUUAGGGGCUAUUGUAGCUAGUAUAUCGCAUUUUUCUUCAUCUUACUAUUUACUAACGCAUAAUAAAAUCCUGCUAAAAAAAUAUUUGUUCGUUGACAAUUUGAAACAAACCUUCCAAGUACUUCAAGAACUUAAAUACUCUUUAAUAGAUGAAAAUAAAAGGAUUUCCAAUUUCGAUAGUAACAUAAUGUUGGAUCCAUUCCUUUUGAAUUGUCACUUUGUCCAUCAUGAUUCUUGGGAAGAGACAUUGGCAAUAAUUCACCUUGGACAAUUUAUUUGUGAAAAUGUAUGUCUAUUUAAAUCGCACAUAAAAAAAUCUGGUCAAAUUUUCAGUGUAAAUAUGGAUUCCUUUGUUAUAAGAGCAGCUAAACCUUAUUUGGCCACUACAGGAGCAACUGUUAAUGGUCAUUAUGGAGAAAUCCUUUACAAGGGAGAUAGGUUAGUUACGUUUAUAUAUGAAAAAUCGAGAUCUAGUGACAUAACGCAAGGUCUUCCAAAAGUGGAACAAAUCUUUGAAGCGCGUUCAAUUGAUUCAUUAUCCCCCAAUCUCGAAAGGAGAAUUGAGGAUUGGAAUGAGCGUAUACCAAGAAUUCUUGGGGUCCCUUGGGGAUUCUUGAUUGGAGCUGAGCUAACCAUAGCCCAAAGUCGUAUUUCUUUGGUUAAUAAAAUCCAAAAGGUUUAUCGAUCCCAAGGGGUACAGAUCCAUAAUAGACAUAUAGAGAUUAUUAUACGCCAAGUAACAUCAAAAGUGCGGGUUUCCGAAGAUGGAAUGUCUAAUGUUUUUUCGCCUGGGGAAUUAAUCGGACUAUUGCGAGCGGAACGAGCAGGGCGAGCUUUGGAUGAAUCGAUCUAUUAUCGGGCAAUCUUAUUGGGAAUAACAAGGGCUUCCCUGAAUACCCAAAGUUUCAUAUCUGAAGCAAGUUUUCAAGAAACUGCUCGAGUUUUAGCAAAAGCUGCCCUACGAGGUCGCAUUGAUUGGUUGAAAGGCUUGAAAGAAAACGUAGUUCUGGGGGGGAUUAUACCUGUUGGUACCGGAUUCCAAAAAUUUGUGCAUCGUUCCCCACAAGACAAGAACCUUUAUUUCGAAAUAAAAAAAAAAAAUCUAUUCGCGUCGGAAAUGAGAGAUUUUUUGUUUCUCCAUACAGAAUUAGUUUCUUCAGAUUCUGACGUAACAAACAAUUUUUAUGAGACAUAAAAACCCCCAUUUAACAUUUAACCCUAAGGAUACAUAAAACAUAUUUUUUACUUUACUAGACUUUUGAACUUAGAACACUAACAGGUUAAAUUUUAGAUUUUUAAGAUUUUUAUUUUAAUAAGUAAAACAAGUCAGUUAAUUCAUUAAAUUAAGGUUUUGUUUAUACCAUGUAUCAAUGUAUCAAUGGCCAACUCUUAGUACAAGGUUCUCUCAGAACAAUUAUUAUUUUAUUUAUUUCAAGCUAUUUCGGAUCUUUCUUAAUCUUCAAAAAGAAAUAAAUUCCGUAAUGGAAUGUUAGGAUGAAAAAAAAAGGAAGUGUGGAAAAAAUGACAAGAAGAUAUUGGAACAUUAAUUUGAAAGAGAUGAUAGAAGCAGGAGUUCAUUUUGGUCAUGGUAUUAAGAAAUGGAAUCCUAAAAUGGCCCCUUACAUUUCGGCAAAGCGUAAAGGUACUCAUAUUAUAAAUCUCGCUAGAACGGCCCGUUUUUUAUCAGAAGCUUGUGAUUUAGUUUUUGAUGCAGCAAGUCAGGGAAAAAGUUUCUUAAUUGUUGGUACCAAAAAAAGAGCAACAGAUUUAGUAGCAUCAGCUGCAAUAAGGGCUCGUUGUCAUUAUGUUAAUAAAAAGUGGUUCAGUGGUAUGUUAACGAAUUGGUCGAUUACGAAAACUAGACUUUCUCAAUUUAGAGACUUAAGAGCGGAA